AACAACCUGAUCGAGCCGAAGCCGAGUUCCUCGCUCCCCCAAAAUCCCCCAAGCAGCUCUGCAGCUGCCCCUCACAACUUCAUUCCCAAAUCCGCCGCAACGCGAAGCAAACGACGCCCCGAACACACCCAAGCCACGCCCAAUUCCUAUCUCUCGCCGCGCAUCGACGACGGCGCGGACGCCAUGAUCCUGCGAACGUACGGGCGCAGAUCCCGCUCCUUCUCCGACGGCGGGGGCGGGGUCUCGUCCUCGCAGGACGCGUUCGACUGCGACGACGCCGCCGACUUGCUGGUGUCGUCGGCCUCGCAGCCGCUCCCGCUCCCGCCGUCGCAGGAGUCCUCUUCGAUGUGGGACUUCGACGAGGACCCACCUCCGUCCCCGCCGCGGCCCCGGCCGGAGGGGCGGCGGCGCGGGGCAAGAAGAGGAGGGUGGGAGCUCGCGGAAGCCCCCGCGGUGGCGCCGACGGCAACGCUGAUGGAGGCGGAGGAGUACGGAGAGAUGAUGGAGAGCGUGGACGAAGUCACGUUCGCGCUCGACGGGCUCCGACCCGCAGCGCAGAAGCGGACGCGGCGGGCCAGCCUGCUCGCGCUGCUCGGGAUCUGCGCCUCCGCCGAGCGCCGCCGCGUGCUCCGGUCCCAAGGACUGGUACAGCAAAUUAUCGAUGCUAUUUUGGUUCUGGACAUUGAUGAUCCUCCCUGCGCUAUUGCUGCAGGAGCUCUUUUAUUUGUUUUGGCAAGUGAUGUCCAAGACAAUAAUUCGCUGGAUUCAGAAACUUGUGUCCAUUUCCUUCUUAAAUUAUUAAACCCUCCAGUGAAUGUUGUUGAUGCCAAAGCGCCAUCAAUAGGUUCCAAACUUCUUGGAAUCAGUAAAUUUCAGAUGCUUAACAGUUCCAAUAAGGAUGCAGAUUCUAGUUCAGAGGACAUACUUUUAAAAGUUGAAGAAAUCCUCUUAAGCUGCAAAGAGAUCAAGCCACUAGACAGUGAUGAUAAGAAAACAACAAGGCCAGAACUAUGUUCAAAGUGGCUUGCUUUGUUGACAAUGGAAAAGGCGUGCUUGUCUGCUGUUGCAUUAGAGGAUACAUCUGAGAUGGUGUUGAAACUUGGAGGAAAUUUUAAAGAAACAUUAAGGCAGUCGGGUGGCCUUGAUAAUAUUUUUAAUGUCAUGGUGAAUUGCCAUUCAGAGCUGGAGAAACUUGUAAAGGAUGCCUCCACUACGGAUGUGGAGGGAAAGGAAAGAGCUCCUCUGCAAAGCGCUGCACUCCUCUUGAAAUGUUUGAAAAUUUUGGAGAAUGCCACAUUUCUAAGUGACAACAACAAGACCCAUUUGCUCAGCUUGAAUCGAAAAUUGAGCCCUAAAUGCCCCCCACUUCCUUUUGUUGGUGUCAUUCUCAAUAUUAUUGAAUUACUAUCAGCCCUCUCUCUUCUUCAGAAACCUUCCACUGUUUCAAGAAAAGCAGACCCAAAAAAUACUAAAGUUUGCAAUGGGGCUUGCUCUGCCGACAGUAGAUGUUUGAACUUAUUGAAUCAUCAUGGCAAGUGCAAUAACUCAAAGAAAAAGAGUCCUUUACUGAAUCAUCAUGGCAAGUGCCAGGAUUGCUCAUCCACCAAAUUCAAUGGUGCUAGUUUGAAGCUCAAUGUAAGAAAGGACCGUUCUAAAGCUAAUUCAACCAGAGGUUCAAGUGGUUGGAUUUCUAUAAAAGCACGUACUUCUGAUUGGAACUCCAGAGAAAUGGCAAAAAAGCGACGUCUAUCAGAAAAUGCACAAACUGCUUUGAGUAAUGGUGGUGAUGAUCCAUUUGCAUUUGAUGAUACCGAUCAAGAACCUUCAAAUUGGGAUCCAUUUGGUCCAAAAAGGAAAUCACCACAGAAGCGAGCGAAACGAUCUAAUGGUGAACUAGUGCUGGAUGAUUGUGACACUGCAGUAACGGGAAGUCCUGAAUUAUGUCAACCUGAAGGUAUUAAUCAGUCAGGUGCAACUUCUGAUUCUAAGGCUGCAGAUGAGUCCAACCUUUUAGAAGAUUGCCUUUUGGCAUCAGUUAAGGUUCUUAUGAACUUGGCAAAUGACAACCCUUCUGGUUGCGAACAAAUUGCGUCAUGUGGUGGAAUUAAUACAAUGGCCUCCUUGAUCAUUAAACAUUUUCCCUCAUUUGAUUUCUCCAUGGACAGUAACAAUCAAAUGAAAGAAAGAGUAUCCUCUGGUGAUCUGUCGUCUUCCCAGAACAGCAAGUCACUCCAAAUCAAAACUAAGCAAUUGCGAGCCUAUGAACUUGAUUUUCUGGUCGCCAUAUUGGGAUUGCUUGUCAACCUUGUGGAGAAGGAUAACCUUAAUAGGGUACGACUUGCGAAUGCCCGUGUUUCUGUCAAUCUAUCUCAAAGUCCAGAUACUGAAGAGGUACAGAGGGAUGUCAUACCCCUUCUCUGUUCAAUAUUCUUAGCGAGUCAAAGUACUGGGGAAACUGCUGAAGCUAUAUCACCGGAUGACGAAGAAUCUUUGUUGCAAGGAGAACGCGAAGCCGAAAUGAUGAUCGUGGAGGCCUACGCAGCACUUGUGCUCGCCUUUCUUUCAACGGAAAGUAUGAAGGUUCGAGGAGCCAUUUCCAGCUGCCUUCCGGACAACAACUUAAAAGUUCUUGUACCAGUGCUAGAGAAGUUUGUGUCAUUUCACCUGCAGCUCAACAUGAUGACAAGGGAAACACAUUCAGCUGUCACCGAAGUCAUUGAAAGAUGCAGGCAGUCAUAGAAGUUGGAAGAGGGCGCCCUGUACAGAUUAACCGACCUCUCUGCAGUGCAGCCGAAGCCACACACAGGUGUUGCUCCUCACCUGGCCAGGGCGCAACGAAUUGAUUGAUGCCAGAGGCUGGCUUGGGAGCUAACAGUGUUUCUAUUCUUUCUUUUGCCCCUCCUGCUGUUCUGAUCCUGUCAUGUGCAUCUCCUUUAGUUUCUUCUCCACACACUCCCCCCCGGAAAUCAUGUAGUCCAUAUUAUGAGUGGAACAAUAACAGUGUAGGCUAUAGGGAAUGUAGUUGUGGUGCUUCAGUUCUUCGUCUCUGUUUUACAUGUUGUAUUUUCGUGUCACAUGGAAUCAGUGACCACACAUGCCUCAAUCUGACAAAUUAAGAGUGUAUAUCACAUAAUAGUAGUGUAAUUUAACUAUGUCUCUUUUUCCGUAUAAAGAACCUAUUAGUUGGAAGC